AUGACAGAACGGAAAAAACCUGCCACAUUAUCUCCCACUGUCUCAGAUACUGUUCCAUCUGUUAAAUCCAUUGAUGUUGGAGAUGUUAAAGUAACAGAUCCUGUAGGUUCUUCCUUAGCCACAUCAGAGAUUCUUGGGAACAUAGAGCCAGCAAAAAACAAUGAGAAUUUAUGUACAAAUGUUGCAUCGUCUGAUGGCAACAAGGACACGAAACCUUGCGAGUCAGCUGCAACAGCUGCUCCUCAACUGGAGGUUGCAGCUUCUGUUGGAACAGCAGCAGGGGAGAAUGCAGACAUAUUCUCUGGGUUGGAAUGUCUUGAUGGUUUUCUAGGUCAAACUACCAGGAGUACAGAGAGUGCUGCCAGUAAAUCCCAUGUUUCUGCUGAGUCUUCAGCGUUCAUGGUUUGUGAUGUUGCAGAAGCUCAAACUUUUUCUGAUUGUUGUACAACCCAAGAUCCCGUGUCCUGCAGAGAAGUUUCUGUUUCUAACAAACCGGAUGAAGUGCAGUUAGAAACAAAGGUAGAUGGGGCUUUCUCAGAAUUUGAAGUUCUAGAUGUUGUGUCUGAUGCUACCAUUUUGUCUGGACAACGUGUUGGAAAAUUUCAACCCAAGCUCAAAGUGAAAAAAGGAAAGGAGCAUCUGCACAUCCCUCCCGCUGAAGUUGAGUGUAUGCUUUCACAAGCUGUGUUGGUGCCUUCUGAAACUGACAUGAAUGAGAGCUCACUUCCUGCUCCCCCACCUGGACAUGUUCUUGAUCACCCGUCUCCAAGGUUUGGUGAUUCUAGUACCCCACAUCCAACCUCUGAUCCCCUAGUGAAUACAGGAUACAUUGCAGAAACUACCCACUCGGAUGGUGCCAUUUUUGGGGAUGCUGUGCAUUCAGAAGAUGUUGGGGGGACACCUGGAAAAGAGGGUCAUAAGAGUAGAAAUAGAAAAGGUUCUACUGCAUCAAAUCGUUCUCAGAAGUGCAAAUCUUUUGCAGCCAGUGAGGAGGCUGAAGGUGGGACAUCAUCCAGGAAGUUGAGGAAGCGGUUACCUCGUCAAGAAGUUGAAGAGCUAGUGCAUGAGGCUAAUGAAGACAGCUUCACUGCUGAACCUUCUAGUGGAUCAAACGUUAAUGAAGACGAGAAUAAUGAUAAUGAAUAUAGGGAGCAUAAGACAUCACAGAGGAAAAGAGCCCCAAGAAAGUCCAAGGAACCUGAAUCUGGAAAAGAAGAACCAGUACAAAAGCGUAAAAGAGCCAAGGAAGCACCUGAUAAAUCAACGAAAGACCCUCCCAAAAGGUUUUCCCAUUCAACUCGUAGAACCAAAAGACAUGUGGACAAGUCUUUGCUUGAAAUCCCAGAGGAUGAAAUUGACCAUCAAAGGUUGUCUCUAAAGAAUCUCAUUCGUCUAGCAGAGCAUAGGGAGCUGUUAGCGAUUAAAGAGGCAAGAAAAAUGACAACUCCAGUCCCCGAUGAAAGUGCUAACAAUGAUUCUCACAAGGAAGCUUAUCACGAUGAAGAGAAUGAAGAGGAGACCUUUCCUUCAGAACAUGACGGAAACUCUGAAGAAAAUCAAGCAAGUUAUCGGGUUAAUGCGAGUUCAUUUUUACUCAAUUACCAGUCGUACAUGGACAAAACACCCACCGUAAGAUGGUCUAAACAAGACACAGAACUGUUCUAUGGGGCCAUUCAGCAGUGUGGAUCAGAUUUUACCAUGAUUCAAGAACUUUAUUUUCCCGGUCGAACACGUCAUCAAAUCAAGUUGAAAUUCAAGAAGGAAGAACGUCAAAAUCCAUUACGUAUCAAUGAAGCCAUAUUAAGUCGUUCAACUUGUUCCACAGAUCAUUCCCAAUUUACUUCAUAUAUUGAGAGGCUGCAACAAGUUGCUCAGGCAAACAAGGAGGAGGAAGCAGAACCAACUCAUGAUACUGACGAGGGAGUGAAAAAAACUGAGUUGGAAGAACCUGAAGAUCAGGAAGCUGAUGUUGCUGAAGUUCAAGAAGAAGCUGUGGAUGCUGAAGCUGAUAAUCAAUUGAAAUCUGAUGAAAUUGAUGACGAAGAAUUUACGUGGUCGGAAUGA